AUGGAGGGAGCCUUCCAGGUGUGCGGGAACUGCAAAAGACGGGUGGCCUCUGCCCACCUGGCCCUCCACGAGGCGCACUGCCUGGUGUUCCUGGCCCAGUGCCCCGAGUGCCAGGAGCCCGUCCCCCAGGCGAAGAUGGAUGAGCACCGCCAGAGCGGGCACCAGCAGGUCGGGUGUGCCAUGUGCCAGCAGAUCAUGGGGAAGCAAGAGCUGGCGUUUCACGAGACCAGGGAGUGCCAGGAGCGCCCCGUCGUGUGCGAGUUCUGCAGGGCAGCCGUGCGCCUCAGCAAGCUGGACAUCCAUGAGCACCACUGCGGCCGCCGCUCAGAGCUGUGCCCGGACUGCGACCAGCCCAUCGUGCUCCGCGAGCUGGCCCAGCACAGGAAGGCCUGCGGGAGCAAGCAGGCCCAGCGCCAGACAGGGAAGAAGAUUUCAGCUCCCGAAAGCACUAUCUGCUGUCAUUAUUGCAACCAGAUGAUCCCAGGAAAUAAGUAUUUAUACCAUAUGGAUAAAUGCCAUGCCACCUCAGAGUCUGCAGAAUAUUUUCCAGUUGAAGAGAUGAGAAGUUCUUCUCCGUCCCUCUCAAGUCAGGCUGCUGAAGAUCAAACUUCCACCGCAGUGAAAGAUGUUCGCCCAAAGACAAAAAAUAUAAACAGAUUUCCUCUUCCUUCUGAAAAUUCAACAAAGAAAGCAGCGAGUGGCACAAACAAAACCCUGGAUCUGUCUCUGAGGCCCGAGCACAAGCCCUUGGUCGUGGACGACCCAGCCUACGACGUUCUGCACAGAUGUCCUCAGUGUGAUAUCCUCCUUCCCCUGCCGACCCUCAACCGACAUCAGGAGAAAUGCUGGUGGUUAGCUUCGUGGAGAAAAAAGCAAGGCAGAAGCUCCAGCUAG